UUUCGACCAAGAGAUAUUUUUCACGAAAACUAAACAAAAGCCGCCGCGUCUGUCACCAGUGAUUUCUUCACAUACUAAAUCACACGAACCUUCCAGGCCUGUCAUAAUACAAAAUUCUUGCGUAUAAUGGGAAAUUGCUCUACCCGGCCUUAAUUAAGCGCCGGUUGUACCUGCCGGGAUGGACCGUUAACUGUUGCAAGCGUUUGCAACAUGAAAAAAUACUGGAUCCGUUAUUUGAGCGCUAAGAAAAAUCGUCGCGCUAACCGGAAAAGUUUGUCCUUCGGAAAUUUCAGAAAAUACAUUUUCACGAGGUUUCUUAACGCUUUUCAAGCAAUCAAGUUUCUAGCCUAGGUCGUUAUGUAUUUUAGAUUAUGUUUUUUAUAGCAACAAGCGAUCGCAAUACAAAAUGUCGAAAUACUAGAAUAUCAUCUUCCUUACAAGACAUCAUGUAGACGUGUAUCACUUUAAAGGCAGAAAGAUUAUUCCAUUUUUGUUAGAAAAACGAUUAGACACAGUUUGUAAUAAAGUAAUGGUAUUACAUAUUAAUUCUCGCGCGUAUCAAGAGUCACUUAACAUCGAUGAUGGCGAGCCGGGGACCGCGACUUCAACCCGGUCUCACAAAGACGCAGGCACUACGACAGGCGAGGAGUGCCACUGUAGUAAGAGAGUUAGAGCAAAAACAGGAAGCGGCGCAACAGCCACCGCCGGUCCGAGCAGUACCUAGCAGAAGACGAUAUGUCCCAGCCGAGCCGAGGAAAGUCGACUUUUCCAAGCCGGCUAUGACGAAGGCGAUGAUAGCCCGGGUAAAGCAGGCGGAGAGGUUCAAGCAGGAAUACGAACGUAAACAGGAAGAGAGCAGACCGGCACAAAGAGUACCAAGGAGGACACCUGCACCGAUCGGCGGUGAUCCUAGAUUUGGUAGAGAGAGGCAACCGUCUGCUAGACGCGCUCCGACGCAGCCCCCGCCGGUUUCACCUCCUAGACCAGCGAGAAGGCCGUUAACGGAAAGACGAGAGAGAAGAAGACCGGAGAGAAGAGCGCCGGAACCGCUUCCGGGGAUCCCGGAAAGGGCUAGAGAACUGGCAAGGUCCAUGAACGCUCAGGUGGUUCAAGCUGAACCGAUUGGCGAGGGUCCGAUUGACAGCAUUGUGAUACCACCGAGAUCGGUGAACGAGAAUCGCACCACCAUCGUUAGCAUCCCUCAACCACCCGCAGCCGGCGUCGAGGUGGCAACAUCCGAAGUGGCGAACCGCUCGAUUCGAGUAAUCAGUGAGACCCUCGAUGAACAAGACGCUGCAGAAGCGGCCUCGGUACAGGGCAGGUUGGAGGACUUGCAGCAAGCAAGACGGGACUUUGUGAUGGCUGUGGCAAAUGUUGGCGGUAACGCUGUAAGACUUGCGGAGGAAGAGAGACCUACUCAGAGAUAUAUUCAGAGAGUCCCUGACAUAGAGAGCGAGAUGUUCCGUAUCGAAUACGGCCGAGAACAUCCAAGUGUCGUGGCGGCUCGCGAAUUCGCCCAAAGAAGCAUGGCUGGUAUCAGGGCUCGCGAGGCUACUCGCCGAACCGAACGGGAGUUCGAGAGGAUAGCUCAGGAAGCGUUGCCGAGUGAUCUGCGCUUUGACGUGCCGUUCGAGGAGGAGUUCUUACGCGAGGGCGAUAUAUCCUGGGGGGAGGAGGAGGACAUGCCAUUUGUGUCCAGGAUGAAGACCCCCGUGCCGAGGCGCGAGGUACCCUAUGAGCAUCCUCCUUUCGAGCCGGAGGAGCUCGAGAGGUUCUUCGAUGUGGAACAAUACCCACCAAGUCCACCACGUGGACCACCGCCCGGUCGCGAGCAUCUACCGCCGGAUCUCUGGGAGUUAGAGGAUCCUUGGGCGACAUACGGCAUCGUUCCGCCGCUAGACGAGUCCGAUCUUAUCCGUUUCGAGUCCGAUCUUAUCCGUUUCGAGAGCCCUUAGUCUUUCGUCUACCGUGUACAUGCGAAUUUGAUGAACUUAUUUUCCUUUCUAAUACUCUGGGAUGUUCCGGAGAAAAGGUAUAGUCGAACUUGUAUAGUUAAAUGUAUGGUCUCACUUUCUAUUAUUGAUUUGUUAUACUGUAUAAAUAAUUGCAGAAGCAUAUCUCCAAUGAAGAAGUCGAUUGUGAAACGGUCACAGAAGCACGAGGAAUAAUCUGUUAUCAACAUCCGUCCUGCAUUUAUCACUAAGAAACUCUGUCCAGUUCAAUAUAUAAAUUAUAGAUUUUUAAAUAAAUAUUACAGAUAUUUUGAUAAAAAAUAUACUUGGCUUUUAUAUUCAAUUUAUUAUUCGGAUUCGGAUAAGUUGGCAAAGCUUGUAAUUUAUUUUGAAAUCUAUGUACACUGCAAAUAAAAAUAUUAUUUAUAAAGGAAACAUUGUAUAAAAUCUAUACAAGUAAAAAACGACCUAGUAGCCUCCUCAAAUUACGAUUUACUUCUUUCAUAUCUUAAUUUCAAAUCUCCAUCAUUGGCAGCACACAAGAAAUACACUCAAGAACGUUUGGAAGGAGAUGUAACAUCUAACGAAUAAGAAAUCGAUCGGAGAAAACUAAAAGAUAAACUAGAAGACGAACUACAGCGCGUAUCUCAUAUUCAACUUUCUGUUUCACGUGAUAUAUUAUAUAGUACUCAAAUGUCACAUCGUAAAAAUACCCCACAAAGCUGUAUUGCAAUAUACUGGAAAUUUACUUCCGAGACACAUACACGUUCAGAUGAAAUGAUUGAUUAACAUUCUUGACAUACUAUAAUUUCGCCCCCCUCGCGUGCCAGGUGCAACUACAGAAUGACUCGAUGAAGAGCUGUCUAUUGCACAUACGCUGUCGCAGUUCUUUCGGAAAGACCGAGUAAUCAUGU